AUGUUGUCCACAGCUCAGCAGAUGCUGCAGGAUAGCCGCUCCAAGAUCGAGCUGAUCCGACUGCAGAUUAUCAAAGUCACCCAGGCUGGUAGCAGCAGCGGCGGCGGCGUUGGAGAUGGUGGCAGUGACCAAAACAGCUCCACUCAUGGAGGGAUCUCCCCACUCACUGUCAGUCCUGUGGAUGCCCGUUUAGCGGAGUUGCAGCAUUACAUGCAGAGAGAGAAGGAUGCGUUGGCGCUGGCCAAGGAUGUGGUGAAGCAGCUGGUUGGAAUCUCAUCACUAGACCAGAAGGCACUGGCUGAGGCUCAGUCCCGGGUGCAGGAGUCCUCCCAGAAGCUGGAUCUUCUGCGGUUGUCCCUGGACAAAUGCCUGAAGGAAAAGAGCCAGGAACCUCUGGAGGAGCCUGCUGGAGAAGUCGACUCAUCAUUGGGACCCCCCAAGUCUCCCCAAAACGCCAGACCUGGAUGUCCCCUGUCCACCUCCCCGUCCAUCUUCUCUAUUAGACCUGCCUCUUUAACUGGGAAACUUGAACUCAAGCUUCUUGGAUGUGAAGAUUUACUGAAACCUCUGACAGAUUCAGAGCAGGAAAACCCUCCGAGUCCCAGCGAGGACACUUCACCAGCUGCUCACAGGAUGGACAGCCUCUCUGCAGAGAUCAACGCCGUUCUCAGGCUGGACGGCAGAGUGGUCGGCCGGACGCGCUGGGCGGCUGUCGGCAGACUGGGCUGGGAUCAGAUGUUCUGCAUCCAGCUGGAGCGGUCUCGAGAGCUGGAGAUCGGUGUCUUCUGGCGGGACCGGACGGCGAUGUGCGCUGUCACGUUCCUGCGGCUGGAGGAGAUGAUGGACAAACCAAACCACUCCCAGGGUUUGAGUCUGGAGCCGCAGGGCCUCCUCUACGCCGAGAUUCAGUUCAUCGCCACUGUUGUCGAGCGGCAGCCGAAACUGAGACGUCAGCGAUGUAUCUUCACUAAAGAGAGAGGAAAGAACUUCCUCAGAGCCGCUCAGAUGAACAUGAAUUUCGCCACGUGGGGUCACGUGAUGAUGAGCAUCGUCCCCCGCUACAGCUCCUUCACCACAUUCAGCUCGUCCCUCUGUACGACCCCCAACCUGGUGGCCAACGACACGCCGCAUCCCAACGAGAGGGAGCCUCAAAACACCUCCACACUGCCAAGUGAAGCUCCAGUAAUCAGACUCAGCAUCACUGAGGAUCAGCCGUCUCCCACCAGCCACGACCAGGGAGAGGACGUUCCCACCAUCAUCACCACAGCACACAAACCAUCAUCCGUGCCUGCACUGCAAGAAAAUCUGGUAAAUUAUUCAUCCAUAAACAAUACAGAAGAAAAUGAAGAUCAGCCUGUAUCUGCUCUGAAGAUGCAGAUGGAAGAUCUUAAAUAUAUUUCGGUUCUGGGCCGAGGACACUUUGGGAAGGUCCUGCUGGCGGAGUUUAAGAAGACGGGAAAACUGUACGCCAUCAAAGCCUUGAAAAAGAGAGACAUUGUGACUCGAGACGAAGUGGACAGCCUUAUGAGCGAGAAGAGGAUCUUUGAGAUGAUCAACGCGUCCAGACAUCCGUUCCUGGUGAACCUGCACGGCUGCUUCCAGACCAGCGACCACGUCUGCUUCGUCAUGGAGUAUUUACCCGGCGGCGACCUCAUGAUCCACAUCCACAACAACGUCUUCAGCGAUGCCCAGACCAGGUUUUAUUCAGCAUGUGUCGUGCUGGGUUUAGAGUUCCUGCAUCUUAAUAAAAUCAUCUACCGAGAUCUGAAGCUGGACAACCUGCUGAUGGAUGCGGACGGAUUUGUGAAAAUCACAGACUUUGGACUUUGUAAAGAAGGGAUGGGUCAUGGAGAUCGGACCUCGACUUUCUGCGGGACUCCAGAGUUUCUGGCUCCCGAGGUCCUGACAGACGACAACUACACCCGAGCGGUGGACUGGUGGGGGAUGGGCGUCCUCAUCUUUGAGAUGCUUGUGGGAGAGUCGCCGUUCCCCGGUGAGGAUGAGGAAGAGGUGUUUGACAGCAUCGUCAACGAUGACGUUCAGUAUCCAGCCUCUCUUCCUCCAGAUGCCGUCGCCAUCAUCCAGAAGCUGCUGAAGAGGAACCCGCUGAAAAGGCUCGGAGGCGGAGAGAGGGACGCCAACGAGCUGAAAGGAGAGAAAUUCUUUGAGACCAUCGACUGGGAAGCCCUGCUGGCCAAGAAAGUAAAGCCGCCGUUCCUGCCGUCAAUCAAAGAGUCCGUAGACGUCAGCAACUUCGACAGCGAGUUCACUCGACUGCAGCCGAUCCUGUCGCCUCCGUCCAAACCUUUCAGCCUCUCCGCCGAGCAGCAGGAAGCCUUCGCCGACUUUGACUUCUGCGCCUUGCAUGGAUGA